UCCGGCAGCGCGCAGGGUUGUUACAGUGUGGAUUGUGGACCUACAGAGAAAAAGUUUGCACGGGAUAUUCUAGCGCACAGGAGGAAAAGUUGUUGGGAAGAUGGCAAACAAACUACAGCAGCCUCCACAUCUUCAUCUGGCGGAAUUGAGCGCCACCCAGUUCAUCGACAUCUGGAACCAUUUCGAUACCGACGGCAAUGGCUAUAUCGAGGGCAAGGAACUGGAGAACUUCUUCAGGGAGUUGGAGAUUUCACGGAAAGGGGCCGGAGUGGACCCAUCAAACUCCACUUUCAAAGAGAAGAUGAAGGAGUUCAUGCAAAAGUUUGACAAGAAUGCAGAUGGGAGAAUUGAGAUGUCUGAGCUAGCUCAGAUUUUGCCCACAGAGGAAAACUUCCUGCUUUGCUUCAGAGAGUUUGUGGGAUCCAGUUCUGAAUUCAUGGCAGCAUGGCGACGAUACGAUACAGAUCGCAGUGGGUACAUUGAAGCUAAUGAACUGAAGGGAUUCCUCUCAGACUUGCUGAAGAAAGCCAACAGACAUUACGAUGACCAGAAGCUUCACGAGUACACACAGACAAUACUCAAGAUGUUUGAUCUAAACGGAGAUGGGAAGCUGGGCCUGUCUGAAAUGGCGAGGCUUCUCCCAGUUCAGGAAAAUUUCUUACUGAAAUUCCAGGAUAUCAAGCUGACCUCUGAGCAGUUCAGUGCUAUCUUCACAUUCUACGACAAGGAUGGAAACGGCUACAUUGAUGAGCAGGAGCUCGAUGCUCUGUUGCGUGACCUCUAUGAAAAGAACAAAAAGGAGGUGGACACCAAAAACCUGACUGGCUACAAGAAGAGCAUCAUGGCCCUGUCGGACGGGGGCAAGCUGUACCGCUCCGAGCUGGAGAUUGUGCUCUGCAGGGAGCCCAUGCUGUGAACCCUGACAACCAUCGCUGUCUGUUUUUUGACCUUCAUGACCCUAUCUGCCCAUCCCCAGAUCACACCCACCUCCAGCUGCCUGACGACUGUAACCAGGUGCAUGUGCCGGGCAUUCCCUUUAUGAGUUUUGAAUUAAUGUGCACUGAGAAGCACAAACCAGCUCUCCCUCAUGACCCCUGUCGACACUCUUCCCUACAGACUGACGUUGCCUUCGGCUCAAUCCCUAAACUCUACAUUUAACAAAAUGAAUAAAGAUAAUAAAAGGUACUUCUGCUAAUUAUGAUUGCAAUGUGAACAGGAGCGGAAUGAAAAUGAAUAUAAGAUGAUUUAUUCUCAAUGCUUGGUUUGACUUUCCUCUUCUCUUUUUCUCCCAAAUCCACCCUUUAAUUGGGACUUGCGACAGCAAACGUCCCACUCUAAAUCUUUGUCAUACUUCUGACUUUUUAUUAAUGGGACUUGCAUAAUGGGACUUGCGACAGCAAUAAUUAUUUCUAACUUCUAGUUAUUUCUAGAACGCUACACCUCUUACACAGUUUAAGCUAGAAACUUUAAAAUGCUUAGACAGGCCUGGAAUAGUGUGCUAUUAUACAACUUUUUGAUAACAUUUAUACUUGUUUAAACUAUUAAGCUUUUUGUUUUUCUUAUCCUCCUCCAUCAACUUUCAAGGGAUUUCCUCAACAUUCUAAAUGGGCCCAUUGUGACAUUAUGACACCAGUAGUCUAUAGGUCAUUAUCAAUAAAACGUCACAAUAUGGUGCAGAGCAUUCGAUUUGGCUGCUGGGGGCCAAGGAGCCCUCAACUCCGCUAAAACCAUUGACAACUGCGUGCCGUUUUCAAGGGAUAAAUGCUAUAAAUAUUUGGUUUUAAUAUAAUCUCCUCCUGAAGAGAGAGCAUAGUCAGAACUACACAUUUCCGAUUAUUCCACGUUGAGCUGUAUCAUCAAGAGUUAUAUAGAAAGUAACUGCAUGUUUUUCAUGAUCAGUAAACAUCAAUCGAUCAUGUAUGUUCAGAUACAUGAGGGUAGCCUAUCCAUUUGGCAAGUAGCUAGGCUAGCUAGCUAAGCAAACAACGUGUCAUUUAGCCUUUCUUCAUCAGAAAUUAGGCUUUUGGAACGAGCUUUAGAUCGGUAAGUCCUCGUCGUGGUAAAGUUGUCAGUUGGACUACUGUCAUCACCCCUAUAGAUGGCAAGCAAAUCAAACAAUAUUUGGAUAUAGCCAUCUAGUUUAUCCCCUGAAAGUUAGCUCGUUAACUAGCCAUAUUGACCUGAUGUGUUAUUAGCUAGCUAACCAAUUUGACGUUGUCCAUCAGUCAAUGUAGCCGCAAUCGUGAUUUAACAUUCUUAAAAACAAUGUUGAAAAGGGGAUAACGUUAGCUAACUUCGCUAGGUAGGACUAUGUUGGUUGGAGAAAAAAAGUACAUUAGGUCCACUUACAACCUAUGUUUAGACAACUGUACAACAUUUAUAUCAGUACGAUAGCUUUCAAAUUAAACAUCAGAUAACACUGAUCAUGAAAAGGAUGCAGUUACUUGCUGUAUAACUCUGAUGAUAGAGCUCAAAUGUGCGUAAUUGUUUUGCAUGGAAUCAUCGGAAAUGUGUAGUUCUGACUAUGCUCUUCAAGAGGUGAUGACAUUACAGCCAAAUAGUUAACAUUUAUUUAACAAUUCCGGAGCCGGGGGUCUCCUUGCCCCCCAGCAGGAAAAUUGAACGCUCUGCACCUUAUUGUGACGUUUUAUUGAUAAAGACGUAUUCUAUUCGGCAUAAACAAUGUCGCUUUUGACA